AAUUUCCUUGCCUUUUAUGAGAAGCAUUUGGCUGUGUCUCGCGUUCCUUCCCCUGUUCCCACUCCCCUCCCCUGCGAAUACCCUGCUGAUUCCGCCGCCGAUGCAUGCACACCCAACCGCUCUAUAGCCUAAAUUAUUUCCCAAUUCAGAUCAAACCCUCCUCUGGGGUUUAAAUGCAUUAGUGGGGGGUCUGAUUCUUCCACUGGAGUUUUCAGGCUUCUGGUCUUGGGGUUGAAUUUGCAAACUGGAUUAAAGUGGACCCAGUAGGGUGUGAAAUAGUAAGCCCAAACUAUAUUGAUUGAUUCUAGGGUUUUCUGGUUCACUGUUUGGAGCUUGAGAUGUGCAAUGACAAACUUGGGUGAAGGUUGGUGAGAGGGUUCCAGAAAAUGGGAUCUCAGGGUGGUGGAGGUGGCAAUAAUGGCAAACAGUCACAGUUACAGCCACUGCCUCGGCAGAACUCAAUGUACAAUCUAACACUGGAUGAGGUUCAAACUCAUUUAGGAAACGUGGGGAAACCACUGAGCAGCAUGAAUCUUGAUGAGCUUCUAAAGAAUGUAUGUUCCGCAGAGGGUCACCAGUCUUUUGGCAUGGACGUUGAGGGUACAGCUUUGGCUGGUCAAUCUGCUCUACAGCAUCAGGCAAGCUUGUCAUUGAAUGGUUCAAUGAGCAAGAAAACGGUGGAUGAGGUUUGGAGAGAUAUACAGCAAGGGCAGAGUAAGAACAAUGAAGAUAUUAGGUCUCGGGAACGGCAGCCAACUUUGGGUGAGAUGACUUUGGAGGACUUUUUGGUGAAAGCUGGAGUAGUUGCUGAGUCACCGUUAGAGAGUAAAAAUACUGGUCCUGUUGGUGUUGAUCCAAAUGUGGUGCCACAGUUUUCACAACAGGGUCAGUGGUUGCAGUACCAGCAACCACAGUUUCAGCACCCACAGCAGAAUAUAAUGGGGGUUUAUGGCCAGCCAAUUCCACAGCCUCUGGCGAUGGUGCCGAGCUCAGUCAUGGAUGUUCCAUAUACAGAGAACCAAGUGGCUUUGACUUCUCCAAUCAUGGGGACUUUGUCAGAGAUACAAACGCCUGGGAGGAAAAGAGUUGCACAAGAGGACAUGAUUGAGAAGUCUGUUGAGAGGAGGCAGAAGAGAAUGAUCAAGAAUCGAGAAUCUGCUGCUCGUUCACGAGCAAGGAAACAGGCUUACACAAAUGAAUUGGAGAUUAAGGUUUCACGUCUGGAAGAGGAAAAUGAAAGACUCAAAAAACGGAAGGUGCUGCUGUUUUCUGCCCAUGUGUGGAAUCAACAAUGUCAUUACAAAGCCAACCUUGCUAUUACCUUGAAGAUGUGUAGUAUCCCACCCUUUCAUUGAUAGUGGUGAAAACACGUGUGCAAGAUGCCCCCACUUGUUAACAAGUGCUGACAACCUUUGUCCUUUGAUAAUAAGUUUUCAAGGUAUGAGCCAAACAGAUAUAUGUUAUAUAUUGUAUCUUCUUUAUUCCAAUAAUAAGCUGUUUUAGUUUUCGCGGCCCAACCCCCCCCCCCCCCCCCCCCCCCCCAAAAAAAAAAAAAGCCCCACCACCAAAAAAAUGAGAGGUUUGGGAGGGGAUGGAAUAGUUGUGGACCAAUUGUGAGGCUUGAGAUUUGUUCUCUCUUGCACUGAUUUUGGAUCUUGGUAAGGCUUGAUAUGCAUUGUUGAACAACAACCUAACAGCUUAAGCUUUUAGACGAAGUGGUGACUUUCACAAGUCUAAGAAUCAAUAGGAGCUGAAGCGAACUAAUUUUGGUGAGAAAAUUGAAGGCAUAGCUUCUUGGCUUCUUUAGAUUUUAAUAUUGAAUGUGAGGUGGGCCACCUUUCUUCUUUGGGUUUACCUCUUUGAGCUUCCCAAAAGUCAUGUAGGGGAUCUAGUGGUUGGGUGAUAUGAAAGAAGAUUGGCUGGAUGGAAGAUGCUUUUCUUGUAGAAGGGAGGCCUAGAUUAAGUUUUGCUAUAUAUAGAAAUCCUUGGAACUUUUAUUGGGAAUUAAGACAAAAUAUUUUGGAGAUGAUCUACUAUAGUCAGACAAAAUGUUUUUGGUUUGGAAUUUUUGGAAUUGGUUUUGGCUCAUAGAUUUAAACCGUGGAACCUGUCCUUCAUUUCCUAUAAGGUUUGAAAUAUUUUUGCCUUUGGAAGUGCUUUUUUGGGGUGGAUGAUGGUGUGAGACGUAGAUCUCCACACUGCACUAUUUCAGUACAAAGUGGACAAUGCCCAAAUAUAUGUUGCACAUAGAAAAAUAAUGAAUGUGUCUAUAAUGUGAUGUUGAAUUGCUUUGUAGUAUGAUCAUAAUGGAAGCCCCUUCUAACGGUCUGUUUGGGAUCGUUUUUGUUUUUUGUUUUUUGUUUUCAUUUUUGUAGAGUAAAAAAAUAGAUUAUAAUAAUGUGUUUGUUUACAUUGUCAAUUUCCUAUUUCUAUUGUUUGUUUUUGGUUUGCAAAAAAAAAAAAAAAACCUAGAAACUAAAUAGAAUGUUUAAUUUUUAAUAAUUUUUUUUGUAUUAAAUCAUUUUCUUUUACAGAUGUUGCGGGAUAAACGCUCUUUGAAUGGGUUGCGACAAUGCCAAGGGUUGGUUUAAGUGGGUGGCCCUUCAUACAUAUUUUGAAUUAAAAUAAAAAUAAAAUUAUCAUAUGAAUUUAAAAUAUAACCAAAAUAAAUAAAUAAAAUUUAAAAAUAAUAAAAGCCAUUUAAUAUAUAUAUAUUUAUAUAUUUUUUUUCAAAUUUUCAUGUACUGUAAGAUUGCUCAUAUAGUGACUUAACAACUAAAUAAAAUAAUUAUGAUAAUUUUUAUUUUUAUUGUAGUAUUUUAAAUUGUAUUAUUAUUUUAAUCAUAUUUUUAAUUGUCAUUUGAUUCAAGGGCAAAAAUGAGCAUUUGUUUAAUCAAGUUUUUAAUUUCUUUUAGUUUUAGAAACAUUAACCAAUUAGGUUGCUUGUUUUUGGUUUUAAGUUUUCGUUUUCAGAAUUUCUUAUAGCAAUACCAAACAACUCAGCUUUUGGAGCCUCUUGGUGUUUCUAAGCAAUUUCGUUUGAAGCUUGCCUUAGCUGGAGUGCUAGCAUUUAAACAAUGGCAUGUGGAAGAAGCAGGAUAGAAGAAUUGGUGCAAAUAGAUUCCUGUAACAUUGAGUAAAAGGCUUGAUGCUUUGGUGUUUAUUUCUUUUGGCUUCAAACUGCCCUAUUUUUUGGUCUCAUAUGUUGGGACUGGGUGACAUUUUACUUUCUUUUGUAUACUUGCCCCCUGCCCACUUAUUAGACUUCUUUUUCCUAUAAUAAAUUCUGUUUACCUGUCAAAAGAAGCCGUCACAAGGGGUCUCGCUGAUCUCGCAUACAUGGGGGCUUUAUGCAUCGGGCUGCCCUUUUCUCACAGACAAAAUUGAUCAGUAUGCUACCAUGGAUGUUGGAGUAUCAAAUGCCACCUUGGUUAUCUUGCUCUGUUUAAUUAAUUUAUGUGUAUUAACUUUUCCUGGCAGGAGCUGGAGAAGAUGUUAACCAGUGCACCGCGUCCAGAACCAAAGUAUCAACUUCGCAGAACGAGUUCAGCCCCAUUUUAAAAUUCAUGCGUGGAAGUUGUGUACGAUGGGGUUUGCUUCUGGCUGUCUGGCUUAAAAAUUAUCCCUGCAAUUUUUUUUCUCCAGAGCUUAAUAUCUAUUGUUUGCUGCGGGCAGUUCUGUUGUGCAUCUCCCUGUUUUGAGGCUUCACUUGUAUGUAGUUACCCAUGUAGUUGCAUUUUUAAGAUCAUGUGGGAUGCUUGUAUUUAGCCAUUCAGUGUUUAUCAGUUAAAGGUUUGAGCUUUUUUACAGACUUUUUUAAUAUAGGCUCCUUUUUCUUUCA